CGGUCGUGUCGAGUCGCUUUGUACAUUAAACAGCUUCGACACUUCGACACGGGAGGUUUAGCAGCAGCUGCGCAGCUGGUUCUCUCUGCAGAAUAAUCUCAUCAGAAAUUAUUUCAUCAAUAUGGGAGUUUUCAGUCUGAUUUUCGGCUGGGCUUGUCAUGCGCUUUGGUAUCUGUUCUUCAUUGUUCUUAUAGCGUUUCUCGGCUACAGUUUGUAUAUAAAACACAUUCACAUGAAAUAUGACCACAUACCCGGGCCACCGAGAGACAGCUUUUUCUUCGGACAUACGCCGACGCUUCUGAGGGAAAUGAAGGCUGAGAGAGUUGUACACGAAAAACUUCUUGAAUGGGCCCAGACUUAUGGUCCUGUUUACAGGAUCAAUGGUCUGCAUCGGGCCAUAAUAUUUGUGUCCUGUCCAGAGACCACUAAGGAAAUCCUGAUGUCCCCAAAGUAUCCAAAAGAUAAGUUUAUCUACAAGAGACUCUUCAACCUGUUUGGUCAGAGGUUCCUGGGCAAUGGCAUGGUGACAGCAGUGAAUUAUGAGCAGUGGUACAAACAGCGCCGGAUCAUGGACCCUGCCUUCAGCAGCCUGUACCUGAGAGGUCUGAUGGGCACCUUCAAUGAGAGGGCAGAGAGAUUGAUGGAUAAACUUGCAGAUUUUGCUAUUUGCAAAAAAGAGACCAGUAUGCUCCAGCAAGUCAACAGUGUUACCCUAGAUGUUAUUGCCAAGGUUGCUUUUGGAGUGGAUUUAGACCUGUUUAAGAAUACUGACUCACCCUUUCCUAAAGCCAUCGAGGUGUGUCUGGAAGGGAUGGUGUACUAUAUCCGAGAUGUAUUCUUCCAGUUAAAGCCAAAGAACUGGCCCUUCAUCAAUGAAGUGAGGCAGGCAUGCAAGCUGCUGCGGGACAUGGGGUACAGGUGGAUCCAAGCCAGGAAAACUGCCAUCCAAAAUGGCGAGGAAGUUCCGAAGGACAUCCUCACACAGAUCAUCAAAAGUGCUGACAAAGAGGAUGGCAUGGGUAAAGACAAUGAGGAGUUCAUGUUGGACAACUUUGUGACAUUCUUCAUUGCGGGACAAGAAACAACAGCCAAUCAACUUGCUUUUUGCAUCAUGGAACUGGGAAGACAUCCUGAUAUACUGGAAAAAGCAAGGAAAGAGGUGGAUGAUGUGAUUGGAAUGAAACGGGAGAUAAGUUAUGAUCAUCUGGGGAAGCUGGUCUACCUCUCACAGGUGCUAAAGGAGACUCUGAGGCUGUACCCCAUCGCUCCAAGCACGUCUCGUGAGGUGCAUGAAGACAUGGUCAUCAAUGGCAUCCACAUACCUGGAGGAGUCGUCUGUACUGACCUCUCAUGGAUGACUAACUGCUACAGCCUGGUCAAGAAGGCUCACCAGCGCCUCUUCUUCUUGAGGACUCUGAAGAAAAACCACCUCUCUUCAGACAUCCUGGUGAACUUCUACCGUUGUACCAUCGAGAGCAUCCUUACCAACUGUAUCACAGUCUGGUAG